UUUAAUUUGAUUGCAAAUUAAUUACCAUAAUUUAAAAAUGUGCCUACCCUACCGUCUGAUCUAUUUAACAAUUCUGCUAAUUGCCUUGGCUCAAGCACGUCCCCAGCGCAGCUUGCAACAUAUUGCGGUUGUGGAGAACGCCGCCUGGGAGCAGACACUGCCCCAACAAUUACAGAAUCCCUUUUAUAAGACGCCGCGUGUCAGGGAUGCUCUAGCCAGAUCCAGUUGGUUUGGGCCCGGCGAGCAGGUGGUUUAUGAACGCCAGGCAGAGAAAAUACCGCGUAUGGAAAUCUAUAAUGUGCUCGCCCAUGCCGGUCUAAUACCAUAUCGCAAACAUUUCUAA